AUGACUGACAAAGAAGUAGGGGUGACUGUUAUCAGUCGAAUCACUGGCCUGCCUCAUCUGCUUAGCAACAGCAGUGAAGAGUCUUACACCCAAUGUCCCUACCUGGUACUGACUGCUCAGAGCAUGGGCGUGGCAUCUUUACUGGCCAUGUUCAUAUCACUGGCCGCUUUUGGGAAUGCGCUGGUCAUCCUGUCAGUGCUGUGUAAUCGCCAGUUACAAACAGCCACCAACCUCUUCAUUAGCAACCUGGCUGUGGCAGAUCUGCUCCUCAGCAUCUGCGUGCUGCCCUUCUCGGCCACGCUGGAGGUGCUGGGCUGCUGGCCGUUUGGCCGCCCAUUCUGUGACAUGUGGGCUGCGCUCGACGUGCUGUGCUGCUCUGCGUCCAUCCUGAGUCUGUGCGCCAUCGCCGUGGACCGCUACAUCGGCGUGCGCCACUCCCUACAGUACCGGUCCCUGGUGACCAGGCGCCGGGCCACCGUGGUUCAGGCCUGCGUGUGGACGGUGUGCAUGGCCCUGUCAGUGCCACCGCUGCUGGGCUGGAAGGAGGCUCGCCCACCAGACACCAAGAUAUGCACAGUCACUCAGGAACCCGGCUACGCGCUCUUCUCCUCAAUGUUGUCCUUCUACCUGCCUCUGGGCGUGGUGCUGGUGGUGUAUGCGCAGGUGUACGUUGUGGCGCGCAGGACCACGCGCUGUCUGGAGAGGGGGGUGAAGCGUGAGCGCCAGCAGCAGGGGGGGAAGGCGGAGGUGGUGCUGAGGAUCCAUCGGCGUGGUGCCGUGUUAGGGGAGGAUAUAUCCGGGGGGGCCAGAAAAAUGCAUGCUCGUGUGCUGCAGCGCUUCACACGGGAGAAGAAGGCUGCAAAGACCCUGGCCAUGGUGGUGGGGGUGUUCGUCCUUUGCUGGCUGCCUUUCUUCAUUGUACUGCCACUGGGUGCCAUGUUCCCCAUGUUAAAACCAACUGAAACAGUCUUUAAGGUGGUCUUCUGGCUGGGCUACUCCAACAGCUGCAUCAACCCUUUCAUCUACCCUUGCUCUAACCGAGGGUUUCGUCGAGCUUUCAUAAAACUGCUUCGGGUACCGCUGACCUCUAGGAGGUCCAACAGCUCUUCCCCUCUUUGUGUCUCCAUCAGGAAUUACAAGAGCAGAAACCCUACCCAAACGCCACCCCUUCGAGACUCAGUGCCUCUGCAGAUUACAGGUCUCAACCUCAACAUUCUGCUCAGAGGGGCAUCAUUAUGGCUGCAGGAAAAAAUGAACACGCUGACCAAUAAAAUCAGUGGCAGAUCACAUCCAAACAGGACCCACAACUCAGAGGAAGGAAACCUCAAUUCUGUUUCAAUGGUCAUUUUUAGUGAGUCGACAAACUGA